AUGAGAGAUACAAAACGGUCAUUGCUGCAAGCAAUUGCGAGGAUAUUUGAUCCAUUCGGCUUUCUUGCUUCGUUCACUAUCAAGGCAAAGAUCAUUUUCCAGCUGGCAUGGGAGCAAGGCGUCAGGUGCGAUGAUCCAUUGCCGGAUGAAAUUGCUGUUGAAUGGUCACGGUGGAUCAAUGCGGUGCUAGGCAUACUCAAAAUAAGCGUACCGAGAGCUCUGAUGCCCGAAGAAUCGACAUCAGUGUUGUUCGUACACUGCUUCUGUGAUGCAAGCAUUCGUGCUUACGGAACCGUCGUACACCUUCGUACCGAAAGCAACAUUGCCGUGGAGAUGGUGGCGGCCAAAUCGAGGAUCGCCCCUUUGAAGCGCGUUACACUACCGCGAUUAGAGCUCCUAGGUGCGCUAUUGGGGGCACGAUUGACAACGUACGUGGUUCGGGCGCUUCACCUGGAAGAGGAGGUCACGUGUUUCUGGAGCAAUUCCAGUAUUGUUCUCCAUUGGAUAAAAGGAAGUGCCAGUCGUUGGAAACCUUUCGUGGAGAACCGAGUGACAGAAAUUCAGACUCUUUGUGACCCUUCAAGAUGGCACUUCUGCCCUGGACAUGAGAACCCCGCAGAUCUUACAACGCGUGGAGUGCAACCGGAACGACUGAUCAUCGACGAAUUCUCGUGGCGAGGGCCCAAAUGGUUAUCUUCUAGCGAUGAAACGUGGUCAGUACUCGAACAGAGAGCUCCAGAACCUUCCACAGAUGCAGUCGAGGGAGAGAUGAAAGGAGUAUUACAGUGUCUCGCGGCAGCUGAGGCAGUUGCACCACAGAUGUUCCACAUCAGGGACUUCAACAUUCUGGUAACAGUACUUCGGCUAACAGCAUGGAUCAAGCGAUUUGCAGUGAACUGCAGAAGUACGGAAGCAAAGUGA